CUCCCUGCAGUAGGCUAUAAAUGCACUUACGCCUGCUGUGGAGACUCAGACUAUUAGCAGAGUAUCACCGCUGCCACAGCACUAAGAGCAAGUGAAACACCUCUGGAUUACUUUCUACACAGACUUCUGAAGCCAACCCAAGAGUACUUCAACACAGAUUUCAGUCACGAUGCAGCUGAUACUGCAGUCAAUCUUCUGCUGCUGCCUGCUGGCCACCGUUGCACCCGGUGUGGACAGUGCAAAACAUGACCUGAAAAGAAGUGUCCGGCUGCAGAGAUCGAAAAGGGAUUUGAGCCUUGCUGCACUGAGGACUUUAGGCAACAGCCAGAUUGUCAGACCGGACGAUGUCAAAGACAACUUAAGGCCACAUUCCAGCACUGACAUCAGCAUAAGGACAAAACGCUCCAAGAACUCCAUCAACCAAUCCAGGAGAGCAGGCUGCUCGCUUGGCACCUGCACGGUGCAUGUGCUGGCACACCGUCUCCAUGACCUCAACAACAAGCUGAAGAUCGGGAAUGCACCCGCUGACAAGAUCAAUCCCUUCGGGUACGGCCGGCGGCGAAGGUCCGUUCCAGAGAAAGUAAUGACACUGCGACAGGAGGGCAGCAGGCUGCGGACGGUGUGGAGCAGCUCAAGCUCUCAAUCACGGCUGCACAAGCUGGAAGCGCUGCUCAGACGGACGUGAGCGCACGGGGUGGGAGCGCUCGGGGACGCGGCGACAGAGGCUCGCCGGCCAACUAUGAAAUUCUAGAAAUGCCUCAGACUCCUGCCAAGAGUUCUCCAGCGCAUUCUUUUCCAAGCACAGGGGCUGGAAGAGCAAUCUUGCUUUCUGAAGGCUGUCCUCGGAAGAGAAAUCAGCAAAGUGAAGCGCAGAAACAACAGCAGCUGUUGAAAACGAGUGGGGACACAGAUGGAGAAACUGAAUUAGUGUGCCUUGGAUAUGAGCAAGAUAUUGUUGCACUGAAGUGGACUGGCCUCAGGGAAAAGCAGAACCACCUCUCCUGGGACAAAUGGACUGCCCUCCUGGUGAACCAGUCGGUGGGAUUACAGCCCCUAGCUGUUCCUGUCCAGUGACUGUGUCAGAAAGUCUUUGGACUUCAAUUCGAUUCAACAGGGAUAGAUUCAUGAAUCUGGAAAGGAAUACACAGAGAGACUUUUAAAAUGCCAAUGAAGGUGUUUCUAAUUUGGAAUCACAUUUUUGGACACUGUAAGCAGGAUGAAUGCUUUUGAUUAUAUGAACUGUCUGUGCCAGUCCACAAGGAUUGUAUUCUAACUUACUUGAACAUUGUUGUUGUUAUUAUUGCUAUAGAGAUAUGUGCAAUCUAUUUCAUUUUUAUUGCAAGUAUAUGUAUAUUUGAAAAAAAAUGGUCAAAGAUAUUACUAUUUAAUUGUUUUAUAUUGCUUUAUACUACUUACAGAGAUAGAGCUAUUUUUGUACAGGGAAAAAAUAAGGGCAUUGAAGGUAGCAUCAUAUCUAUUAUUCAUUUAUGUCAAGGAUGUCUCAAGCUGUGGUAAAGGAUAACUUUUUAUGCAAUUAUAUAUUUGUAAAUGGGAUCUAUUUUAUUUGUGUGUUUGUGUGUGAAAUGGAUUAAUGUUGUCAUUCAAUAAAACUUGCAUACAAUUAAA